AUGGUCCAGCCACCAAGUUCUCAAGGAGGGUCGAGGAAGAUAUCGUUCAAUGUUUCCGAUCAGUACGAUAUUCAGGAUGUGAUUGGGGAGGGCGCGUAUGGAGUUGUCUGCUCCGCACUUCAUAAACCCUCAGGUCAGAAAGUCGCCAUAAAGAAGAUCACGCCGUUUGAUCACUCUAUGUUUUGCCUACGCACGCUGCGUGAGAUGAAACUCCUUCGAUACUUCAAUCAUGAGAACAUCAUCUCGAUCCUGGACAUCCAGAAGCCCCGCAGCUACGAGACCUUCACUGAGGUGUACCUCAUUCAGGAACUCAUGGAGACAGAUAUGCAUCGCGUGAUUCGUACCCAGGACCUCUCCGAUGACCAUUGCCAAUAUUUUAUCUAUCAGACCCUGCGAGCCCUGAAGGCUAUGCACUCUGCAAAUGUUCUUCAUCGUGAUCUGAAGCCCUCCAACUUACUCCUGAACGCAAAUUGCGACUUGAAAGUUUGUGACUUCGGUCUAGCCCGCUCUGCGGCUUCCACAGACGACAACUCUGGAUUUAUGACAGAAUAUGUGGCCACCCGUUGGUACCGUGCACCGGAAAUUAUGUUGACCUUCAAGGAAUACACAAAAGCCAUUGACGUUUGGAGUGUUGGUUGCAUAUUGGCGGAAAUGUUGAGCGGAAAGCCGUUGUUCCCCGGCAAGGAUUAUCACCACCAACUUACUCUCAUCCUGGAUGUCCUGGGAACACCAACCAUGGAAGAUUAUUACGGCAUCAAGUCACGUCGUGCUCGGGAAUACAUCAGAUCCCUCCCCUUCAAGAAAAAGAUACCCCUGAAAGCCCUAUUCCCCAAGACCUCCGACCUAGCUUUGGACCUGCUCGAGAAACUCCUUGCAUUCAACCCAGUAAAACGUAUCAGUGUCGAAGAUGCUUUGCGCCAUCCUUACUUGGAACCCUAUCACGAUCCAGAGGAUGAACCAACCGCUGAACCGAUCCCAGAAGAAUUCUUCGAUUUCGAUAAAAAUAAAGACUCUCUGAGCAAGGAGCAGCUAAAAGUUCUUAUCUACGAGGAGAUCAUGCGGUAG